AUGGCGUCCACUGGAGAGGGUCGCGAGGUCACGCAGGGAUGGAUCAGCUUACCGUCGAGUGAUGAAGGUCAAAUUUCUGAGGCGACAGCGGAGAUGGCCGUGGGCAACAAGGGAAUACCGACCUACCGAAAGCAGAAGCAGACACGUCAAGGAAAUUGGCCUGAUGAAUUAGGUCGAUGGAAGAAGAUGUGUUCUUUUUACUCACAAGAAGCUGUUGAUGAUGUCUCGCUAGAAGAAGCAAGGCCAAGCUGCAAAACUCGAGGCUGUGUCGGAGGGGGAGGGCAGAAAACAAGACGUUACGACCCGAAUCGAGAAAACCGCAGCGAAGUGGUACCAGUUCACCGGUCUAAGAAGAACGAUAGGUAUCACUCCGAUUUAUCUCGAGUUCGUUUAGUUCAGGAACAACAAAACGCCAGUUGUAACCAGCCAUAUACACCGCGAAUUCGGUACCGGGUACCAAGUGUCCCCCCUGAAGCCCGGACAUAG